AUGGCGCAGCUGAAAAAGCGCAACCCGUCACGCAUGACGCUUUCGUCGAGGGUGGCUCAGCCUCCACCAAGAAUCUCCAGUUCCAAUAGACUUCCAAAACGGUCAUCGAAAGGUCCAUUUGGCGGUAUGAACAUCACCGAAGCCAAUAUUCGUGGCGUGCCGGCUGUGAAAUCAAGAGCAGAGACGAAGAGAUCAAGCGGAAAGCAGAGCACAAAGGACUCGAAGAAGGGUGAUAAGGAUAAAAGAGAGGGAUAUCACGCGCUGAAGAUGCAGCGCGCUCUCAGUUCGGUACCUUACGGUCAUCGCUCGUCGGUCAAGAAUACGAUCAGCGAGAUCGAGUCUUUUGAACAGUUUGCGUUUUUGCCAUCGAUCCAACAAGCCAUUACAGAGAAGGCUCUUCCUGGAUUGACUGAUAUUCAACCGACACCAAUCCAAAGGGUAGCUAUUCCAAAGCUUCUAGGGCAGGAUGGGAAACGAAAGAAGCGCAGCAGUGCUGUAAAUGGGAAACCGGAGAUGGAACAGUUUCUGCUCGCGGGAGAAACUGGCUCUGGCAAGACCUUGGCUUAUCUAUUGCCAACCAUAGAUGCUAUCAAACGUCAGGAAGCAGCUGAUGCCGAAAUCGCUGCCGAAGAGGAAGCCGCCAAGGAAGAACGUAAAAAGGCGAAUCCCUACGAGGUAGAGGCGCCUCCGCUCUCAAAUGAACCUCAUCCGACGACUGGGCGCCCUCGGGCAAUUAUCCUUGUGCCUACCGCUGAACUUGUGUCUCAAGUCGGCAGUUUGACCAAGUCAUUGUCCCACGUUGCCAAGUUUCGGUCAGCCCUCAUCUCUUCAGCCUACAGUGGAAGAAUUGUGCGAAACCGACUCUUCUCCCCGGCCGGCAUCGACGUACUCGUCUCGACUCCUCACUUGUUGGCUAGCAUUACGGAAAGUGAUCCCAAUGUCCUUAGCCGCGUCACUCACAUUGUCGUCGACGAGGCCGACUCUAUGCUCGAUCGUUCCUUCUCGCCGUUAACAUCUGCCAUUAUCGAUCGUGCAUCGCCAUCUCUGCGCCAGCUCAUCCUUUGCUCGGCUACCAUCCCGCGCAGCUUGGAUACAUUCGUGCGGCAGCGCUUCCCAGAUGCCACUCGUCUGGUGACGCCGAAUCUUCACGCUAUUCCUCGUCGCGUGCAAUUGGGCGUUGUGGACAUUGAAAAGGAUCCCUACCGCGGCAAUCGAAAUCUUGCCUGUGCCGACACCAUUUGGACCAUUGGCCGCACAGCAGCCGAAGUUGACGAGCGUAGCAAAGGCCAGACGGAGACGAAGCACAUCAUCGUCUUUGUCAACGAACGAGAGAAGGCGCAAGAAGUUGCAGACUUUCUCUCGUCUAAAGGUAUUGAUGCCAUUGCUGUGAGUAGAGAUACUCCUGAACAGAGGCAGUCUGAGAUACUUUCGGCCUUUACAUCGUCGUCUGCAUCCGACGCCACAUCCAGCGCUCCCUCUGCUCCGGCAGUCAGUCGCGGAUCGGCGCGGCGGACUCUACCUAACACCAAGGUUCUUGUCAUGACCGACCUCGGAUCUCGCGGCAUUGAUACUCUGGCGGUUCGCCACGUUGUUUUGUACGAUGUACCGCAUACGUCCAUUGAUUUUAUCCAUCGUCUUGGUCGCACGGGCCGCAUGGGCCGCCGUGGCAGAGGUAUUGUGCUUGUGGGACGGGGCGACCGCAAAGAUGUUGUCAAGGAGGUCCGCGAGGGAAUGUACAAGGGACAAGCCCUUAUUUAG